AUGGAGCAGCAGAUCUACCGUCACCUGCUCGACGAUGUUGCGCUGGACCUGUGCUUUGAGAUGCAUCGUCAAAUCUCAGUGGACGGACUCAGUCUGGAAGAGAUCUACGACGUAAAGCCCAUUGAACGACCACUUGAAUCGUCCGUCGUAGACGAGUGCAGCGUGUUUGUGAGCUGUCCUUACUGCAAACGACAGGUGCAUGCGUCACGUUACACAAACCACUUGGAAAAGUGUUUGACAGGCUCAAGACGGAUGGUCACACCCAAGCAACGACAAGACGCAGCAAGAGAGACAGAGCGCAAACAGUUGCAGAUACUGAGCAAGCCUCAGCUUUACGGAGCUUACGAUGCAAUGACCGGGUCCAGGAAAGGUGCGAACAGCUCGCUUGAUUUGUGA